AGGCUGAGGCCCAGAGGAACGCCAGGCAGAGGCGGCCUAGCAUUUGGCACCAAGCCCCGCCCAGAGCCGGGCUUUCUGCCCAAUAACGAGACGUCCUGAGACGUCCAUUAUUAUCUGCCCCUCAAACCUCAGCCCUGGCAACUGUUGGGGUGCUAUGAAGAAGACUGACACCUGGGAAGCCAAUGACAGCGAAGGAGGGCGGGGAGACGACGCUCUCCGACCAAUGAAGUCGUGAGAUAGGGUGACCAUAAAUAUAUAAGGAGCGAGGGGCAGGAAUUAAAGGCGACAGGCCUCAGCAGUCUCAGGUGUGGAGACACAGUGGAUGACAUGAACGACACCAAGGCUGCGAGGGUGCAGCCGCUGGACCCCCUAGAGGAGGAAGAUCUCAUCGGAGGCAGCCCCCGAGACUCCAGGACAGACUUUGGGUUGGGAAGGGUUCAAGGUCUCAAGAGCUUUGCAGGGCAUCUCGGGAGACACCGGCACCUGCUGCUGCAGUUCCUGUGCUUCACGCUGUUCACUGUACUCCUGGUGGCCAUCCUCGCCCAAGUCUCCAAGGUCCGGAGCUGCCACAAACAGGAGCUGUCAAAGGAGGGAGAGAUCGUCCAGGAUCUGAGGCAGCUGAAGGCAGGAGUGGCCCACCUGUGCCGCCGCUGCUCCUGGGACUGGACUUUCUUCCAAGAACACUGCUAUUUCUUCUCCAAGUCCCAGCGGAACUGGCAUGACUCCCUCUCCGCGUGCCAGGAAAUGGGGGCCCAGCUGGUCAUCGUCCAAAGUGCUGAGGAGCAGUCCUUCCUACAGCAGACCUCCAAGUCCAAAGGCUCCACCUGGAUGGGGCUGUCAGACCUGAACAAGGAGGCCACGUGGCACUGGGUGGAUGGCUCAGCUCUGCUGCUCAGCUUCAUGAAGUACUGGAACCCAGGAGAGCCCAACAACCACGGCGAGGAAGACUGCGGGGAGUUCAGCGGCAAUGGCUGGAACGACAACAAGUGCGAGGUGGAGAAUUUCUGGGUGUGCAAGCAGCCCGCAAACUCCUGCGCCGACAACUGAAGGCGGCAUCCCCAGCGCGCAGCUGCAGCCCCAGCCCGCUUGGCGGGGGUGGAGGCCAGGACCUCACCCGCCCUGGCACCGGGACCCCCCGCCUACCCGCGAGGGUUGUCAUCUUCACAGGUGCCCUGGGACUUCUCUCUAUCCUGGUCUCCAACUCCUAUGGUCCCUGCUGGGUUCUGUUCUGCCUCUGGCACCUCCGGGCUCCCCCCGGCUUUGAGGUGGUGGUCCUGGCAUACACUUGGAGCUUAAUAAAGCGAGCUGAUAUGGGGCAGCCUUGGGGGGGCACCAUGCGUUCCGUUUAGCUUUGGCUUCCUUGGCAAGGUCAGAAGGUCUGGAUUGCCGCGUGCACCUGCUGUGCCUCCCGGGGGACUCCGUUCCAGCACUGUGUCCCUUUAACCAUGCCCUGAACCUUUUCUACGGAGGACAUUCUCUGGACUCCGGGGCUCAUUCAGCAGGCUGGCAGCACCAGGGAGCUAUUCCCCCAUCCCAUAGCAGAGCGCCUGGGUUCCAGUCCCAGCUCCACUCCCUAUUCCAACGCCCUGCUACUAUAGACCCUAGGAGGCAGCCCUGAUGGGUCAAGUACUUGGCGCCCUGCCACCCACUUGGAAGACUUGUAUUGCAUUUUUAGCUCCUGGCUCUGCCCCAACCAGAUCCAUUCCCAGCCAAUGUAGACACUUGGGGAGUAAACCACCAUUUGAGAGAUCUUUCUGUGGGUCUAUCUAUCUGUCUCUGUUUCUCAGAUGUUAAUAAAUAAAUAUAUAUUUCUACAAUUUGUCCCCAACUCCUGGAUGGUAGUGA